GUCGCUAAUUGACUACCCAGCGUGUUAGGUGUGUUUGAGACAAUUGCUAUUACUAGAACUACGUGCUGUUACGACGCAGAAAUCUAAGAAUUGCUGACGUAAGAAGCAUAUUUAUUUUGCGGAUAUUGUAUUGUGAUCUCGGAAAAUUAGAUGAAAGCUUGCUUAUAUAAAACCAGCAAGAGAAAAAAUGGAGAAUCAGAUAGAAAACAUGACUUCAAGAAUGACCGAAAGAGCGAAAGAGCGAAAGAGCGAAAGAGUUUUUGGUACUGAGGUACUUGGAAUUGAUGAAUUUAAUGAACAUCCACCGCAUCUUGAUUCGAUCGGUCCUAUUCGCUACAUUCCGCUUCCGGAGCCAGUAUACUAUAGUAAACGCAAAAUGGAAUAUAAAGAAUAUAUCUCUUCUUCUUCUGACGACGACAACACCAAUGUGUGUGAUCAGCACUGUGAUGAUAGUACUCACAAUCAAGUGAGUACUAGCGAUCCUGAUGAAAGUGUAUCUCAAUCUAGCAAAAAAAUAAAGCUAGAUGAAAAUGAAAGUAAGACCAGUGGUGUCUCAUAUAUUGAUAAGACUCAGCGUAUGAUGGAAAAGAUGGGAUAUCACUCAGGAACAGGUCUUGGAAAGCACGGCCAGGGUCGUGUGGAGCCCAUAGAAUUGUUUAUGCAACGUGGUCGAAGAGGAUUUGGACAUUCCGCACCAGAACUUAAAGAAGCGAGCUUGAAAUGGAAUCCUCAGGAUGAAGUAAUAGAAGUCAUCGAAGAUAUAGAAUGGUUGCAGAACAGGCAUCCGCGUACGUUAACGAUAAAUGACAUCAUGCGCGAACAACAUUGGAUGACAAUAGGGCCUAAGAAGAAAACCAUAGACGAUGAGACCACUUUCUGCAAUUCAGAGAUGAUGGCACAACUCAUCAAUUCAAAGACUAUGUUUGAUGUUUUGAACAAGAUUGAAAUGCGGAAGGCAAGAACUCGUUCGAAUCCCUACGAGACGAUUCGUACCGCAGGUUUCUUGAAUCGAGCAGCUGUUAAAAUGGCGAACAUAAAUAAGGCAUGUAAUUUUAUGUUCACUGACUGGGAAAAUUUGAAUGACGAAUUGUUGUACUUCGCCGAUGUAUGCGCGGGUCCUGGUGGUUUUAGCGAGUAUAUCUUGUCAAGAAAGAAGUGGCACGCCAAGGGAUUUGGAUUCACUUUGAAGAAUGAGAACGACUUUAAGUUGGAUGAAUUUUACGCCGGACCAUGCGAGACUUUCCAUCCCUUUUACGGAUCCAACGACAAUGGUGAUGUGUAUGAUUCGGAAAAUCAGAUAGAGUUUAGACAAUUGAUAAUGAAACAUACGAAUGGCAAGGGAGUACAUUUUAUGAUGUCAGAUGGAGGUUUCUCCGUGGAAGGCCAGGAGAAUAUCCAGGAGAUCUUAUCAAAGCAGCUCUAUCUCGCUCAAUGUUUGAUAGCGCUGAUGAUUGUGAGAACAGGUGGACACUUUGUGACCAAGUUAUUUGAUCUGUUCACGCCGUUUAGCGUCGGACUAGUCUACUUGAUGUACAGAUGUUUCGACAGUAUCUGCAUUUUUAAGCCCAACUCUUCUAGACCAGCUAAUUCGGAACGCUACUUAAUAUGCAAGGGAAAGAAGGCAGACACGGAAGUUGUGAUGAGUUAUUUGAUGGACACUAACGCUGUGAUGUCACAGUUGUCAAAGAAAGAUGAAAACGAUGUGACCCAUCUAGUACCGCUUAGUGAGUUGGAAGCGGACGAGACAUUUAUUAAAUAUUUGAGGGAGUCUAACGAUACGCUGGGAAAGAGACAAAUAGUGAAUCUCUUAAAAAUUGCUGCUUUUUGCGAGGAUCCAUCAUUGAAUGAACCAAAGCAGACGGAGAUGCGAAAGUUGUGUCUGCAGUAUUGGGAUUUGCCCGAUAAAAGUCGUAUGAGACCAUACAACGUCAAGCCACAAGAUAAGGUGCGGGAGAUGUUGAACGAUACUACUGGCUUUAUCGGGCACGACGCACAGAAACUGACCAAGGAAAUAGCAAGUACCACAAUAUUGAAUCAACCAUAUGAUUGGUAUUGGAUACCCUGCAGCUCCGGACAAUACGUUGAUGAGGAUAAAAUGGCAACGUUUUAUCUAGGUUUGGGCAGGAGAAGAGUUUAUCGUUAUGUAAAGAGUAAAUGGGAGUCCAUUGGAGAGGUGAAAUUGGAAUUGCCGCCUAACACUCUCGUAUACGCUGAACUGGUAUACGAGUCGAAAUGGACGGGGAAAUAUUUCACCAAGUCUCGUGCGUUACACAUCUUGGAUGCUUAUAUGCUUGGUGGCGAGGAUGUAAGCAUGAGAUAUAUAACUCACAGGCAUAAGUUGAUCAAGAAAUUUUGCGACGCCCUGUGGAAGCCAACGCCGCACGACUAUGUUUGCGUGCGCCCCAAGGAGAUCCAUAUGUUCGAUCCGAACGUGGACAAGAAAUUGCGAAUUUCACAACGUCGUGUGAAAAGUAUGUCAACUCCUUACGAGAUUCAAAAGAAUACGUUGGAAUGCGACAAGGACAUCGAUAGGCUUGAACCACUGUAUUUUGGACUUAACAGCGUACUCUUCUUAAGAAGUACGGCUCGUCCUUGGACCCGUUAUGUCAGUCAGAGGACCAAUUACACAUAUGUAUUCAAUCCGGAAAGAAAUUUGAAGGAGUAUGAAAGGUGUAGACCGCGUGCUGCUGAGGCGAGUUUCAAGGAAGCAUUUGAGGGACGUAUUGUUUGGAAUUGGCCACAGGACAAUACAUUGAAUAUGAGCACGCUAGUCGAAAUGCUCAAGAAACCUCAAAAAUAAAAUUUAUAAUUUGAAUUAUUUUGGCCUGUCAUAUGAAUGUCAUUAGAGUAGAUUUCUUUUUCUCGACUUUUUCGAGAGUAGAUUGUAUUCAAUUUAUCAUGACAAUGUUCACAAAUUGGAACGGAUAACUUAUUGUAUUGCAAUUUUUUUUAUGUUUUAGAAAACUGUCAUAAUGUAUAUAUCUCAUUGUAUAUACUUUAUAUAUAUCUCUCUCAUUGUAUAUAGUUUAUAUAUAUCAUAAUAUAUAUAGAUAAUAUGUAAAAUAAUCCGUAUUAAUAUAUUAUUGUAACUAUAGUAAUGGUUAAAAAUAAGUAAAUGAAUAUAUUUUUGUUUAUUAUAAAAACAUCUAAAUUUAUAUUUUUACUCACCAAAAACCUGCUAAAUACAUUUCUCAUAACUAUAAGUAUUUAGACAACAUUAGCCUGUACAUAUCUUACAAAAAGAUCAUAAAUGUAAGUCCUAUUCAAAACAUUCUCACUGAUUCCCUCCAGGAGACAUCAGUAGAAAGAAAGAAUAGGAUUUUAAUGUAUAACAUAGUAUAACAUAGUAUGUGUUCGGACUCGAAUAAAAUUAUACAUA